AUGUUACGCCGCCGGUGUUUGCUUUGCCGAAGCCGACCCAGUCACGUCAAAAGUGACGUUGAGAAGGCACGUUGUUUGUUUGUGAACGUUUUUGUCUCCAAAAGAAUUUCAAUAAAACCACCAACAUAUGAGAAAACAACGAAGAUCUUAAUGGAUGAAAGCAACGUGCAGCAAGGGAGGAAGGAGCCUGUGAAAAGCCCUGUGACUAUGACUAUAUGUGGUGAUAUUCACGACCAAUUCCAUAAUCUUGUUGAGCUUUUUCGUAUUGGUGGGAAGUGUUCUGACACUAAUUAUCUAUUUAUGGAAGAUUAUGUAGCUUGUGGAUACUAUUUCGUGGAAACAGUAUCGCCGUUGGAAGGUGGGCUGGCUAGAAAACUUCCAGAUACUGAAGCACGGGAAAGUAAAGCCAUAGUGUUGUAUAUUGGAAGGAUCCUACAUGGAUUUUAUAAGAAUGAAAUGGAAGGUUUACAUUUCUCACAUUGUAUAGGAAAAUCAAAGCAUUUUGUCUUCAUAGAAUUUGAGUCCCCUGAGGUUUCUAAAGUGGUUGCGAACACUAUGCAUAACUAUUUAUUAUUUGAUCAGUUUUUAUAUGGUAAUGCCAUUAUGUGGAAGACUUUCACAGAUCUGUUUGACUACUUUCCUCUCACAACUUCGAAAAUGAAUUUUGUUAUUGAUACCGCUUAA